UACUAUUUUUUCUGAUGCUUUUUUAUUAGUAAUAGUAAUAGUAUAAUAUUGAAACGACUAGCCUUCAGAUGACAUCAUUAAAUUGAAAGUUUUCAAUGCUGACUGCCCUGUCAAACACUCAAAAUGGAUUACCAGCAUAUUCGAACAAUACUGAGGUUGGAGAGCAACCACCACCAUCAUACAAUGAAGUUAUGGGAAUGGCUCAUGUUGCUAGUGGUCCUAGUGCUCCAUUCACAGACGAAUUUUCUUUGAGUAUAUUUAAUUCAUCUAAAAGAGUCCGAUUUGAAUAUAAUUCUUCGGAUGAUGCUGGCUAUUCAUUUUUCAUUCGUGACGAAAAUGGAUCUCUACAAGCGAAAGGAUAUGGUUUCAAUUUUGAUAUAUCAGUGCAAAACAUGAACGGAACUCCAUUGAUGAGUAUUAACAAAAUAGAAACGGUGGAAUUGAAUGGACACACAUUUCACAAAUUCGACAUAUUCUAUAAAAGUGUGGCGAUUGGAAUUGUAAACGUAGGAGUUACAGCACCUGUCGAAACAAGCCUACAAAUCAUUAAUAGCUGUGUCAACAAUGAUAUUACUGUCAGGUCUUUCCAAAUAGGACAAUUUGCUAUAUUUAGAGUCAAUUCAGAAACUCAAUUAUGCAACAUACAAAUUCCCGUUGGUGAAGAUAUUGAUGAAAACGACUUCUCGGGAACAGUUAUAUUUCACACAGAAUCUGCAAUAACUACCGAAGAACAAUUGUUAUGUACUGCUGCAGCAAUUGCAUUUAAAGUUAUAAAGAAACAAAGUAAAGAAGAGGAUGGUAAUCACAUUACGGCCUAUUUUAUCGGAUUUUUCAUUAUUGUAAUAUUUAUUAUUAUUCUUGUAAAAAAAUCGCAGUAACAGUGUCAGUGAUUAGGUAACAAAUAAAGAAACUAUUUA